CGCGCCCAAAUAUCCCGCGCGCGCGCCCACGCCCACGCGACCCGCCUCGCGCUGCCCCCCUGCCCGCCCUCGCUGGCACGACGCGGGCGCCGCAGGACGCGCGCGCAGACGCACGCCGCGGACCACCUCACCCAGCCAGCGCGGCCGCCCCUCCACCUCCGUGAAAUCCAGGGCGCCUUUCGCGGCCGUCCUCUCCUCGGUUUGACCGCCCCCCCCCCCCCCCGUUGUGUGGUGGGUGUUCGAUUCUUCGCCGGAGGCUGUGGCCGCGGAUGCGCGCGGCCGUGGCGCCGCCGCCGCCGCCGCCGCCGCGAUGGCUGAGUUGUCCGGGGACGAGGCGUGCCCGCUGUGCGGAGGCGGCGGGCCGCCAGCGCGCGUCGCGAUGCACAAGCGGAGGCUGCCGGCGGAGGGUGCGCUUUCCGUGGCGAGGGUUGGGGCCGGGGACGAGGCGGCGGCGCUGCGGGAGGCGGUGGCGAGGCAGCAGCACGGGAUCGCGGAGCUGCAGGCGGAGCUGGAGGCCGAGCGGGGCGCCGCGGCGGGGGCCGCCUGCGAGGCCAUGUCGAUGAUCCUCCGCCUGCAGCAGGAGAAGUCGGAGGCCAUGAUGGAGGCGCGCCAGUUCAGGCGCUACGCCGAGGAGCGGUUCUCGCACGACGCCGCCGAGGUCGCCGCGCUCCGCGACGCCGUCGAGCAGCGGGACGCCACCGUCCGGUCCCUCUCCGCGCAGCUCAGGGCCUGCCGCUUCCGCCUCCUCCACCUCGGCUUCAACUCCCCGUUGCCAUCGCUCACCUCCUCCGCCGCCGAGGCUCACCAGUACAACGACGACGACGACGACGAACACCACCCCUUCGACGAGGACUACCCUCCCAUAAACUGCGACGAGCAACCUGCCUCCUCCGAUGUGGGCACCCCGCGCACCCACCACCUGCUCAACAGAAUGCCUGGCCGAGCCUCGGCCGCCGAUAAGGGAGUCAUCUCUUCAUCCAGCACAAACUUGUUUCCAGAUGACAGUGGCAUUGCCAUGGAUGAUGAAUUCCCUCUCGUCGUGGACCGGGAGGCGUCAGACCAGGAAGAUGACUGUCACCGGGUGUACACUGUGGAUGCCGUGCACGUUGUGCCUGUGGCUGAGCCUGAAAAUCCUUGCUACUUUGGAACACCAAUUGGUGGCGAAAUGAGCCACAGGGGUACGAUUGGUACUCGGGCUGAGGAGGAGGAAAUACAGAAGCUCAGUGCAAGACUGCAGGCUCUGGAGGCAGACCGGGAGUCGAUGCGGCAUGCCAUCAUGUCGAUGGGAUCUGAGAAGCAGCAGGUUGUACUGCUCAAGGAAAUCGCGCAGAAGCUCUGCAAGGAGGCAGCACCAUUGCAAGUAAUUCCAUUUAAGGUGCGGUCGCCACCACAACCAGUGGUUAUGGCACAGAGGAAGGUGGUGAAGAGGCAGAGUUUCUUUGCGAAAUUCUUUGUCGUCGCGGUGAUUAAGUGGAUUGCCUCUGUGUUUAGCUGGCGGAGGAAAUCAUAUCGCGUCAAGUACCCAAUCGGUUUGUGUGGGAGCAAUGUUGGCCUGAUGCUGCUACUGAACAGGUUCCCCAAGCAGAGGCACAGAAGGUACCUCAAAAGAAGCUAGCUGCUGCCUUCACUGGUCGUAGACACACAAACAAGGGAAAGAUUCUGCGGCGCUCCUACGAUUCUCUCCUCCAAAUGAGCUAUUUUCUGGACAUAAAAGGCUCAUUUGCAUGUGAAUCCAUUCUGGUUGUUGCAUAUGUUUUGACCCCUUUGUCUAUGCAUUCUUUGGUUGGUUUGGUAUGAUAAUCUAGCUCAGAAUUGAAGCCUCGUUUUUUCGCCCAUUUUUGCUGCCUGAUUUUCUCCGUAGUAGUUGAUUCUUUUUGUACCUACCACUCACGUGUUCAAGGACGCACUGUACAUGGUCAAUAACCAGUAAACAUGUGUAGCUCUAUUAGAAUAUUAUGUGUGAUCUGAUGAGAUCCAACGAAUUACACAGGUGAGGCUCUGUUCGGUGGAAGAAUUCAGAUUUCAGAGUCAAGACAUGUGCUUGAAAUGCAGUGGUCAGAACAGACUUAUUUAGGCUUGUUUAGAUUUUCUGUUUUGAUCAUAGGCUUGUUUAGAUUUAGAUAUCCAGUACGCCGGAUCCAACUAAUGCUCUCGAGUAUUUCUGGGUCAUGUCUUGAAUUUUCUGUGAACUCUUGCAUCUGCAGUUUGAAAAUAGAACUGUCUGCGAUAGUCUA